AUGUUAUCUAAGCUUGUAUGCAAACAAGUACUUAAUCAUGGACUUCGUUUAACAUCACGUGCUGCAUCAGCACCAGCACAGCAAGUAGUAAUCAAUAGAAAACCAGAAGUAAAAUAUCAAAAGCUUUUUAUUAACAAUGAGUUUGUUGAUUCUUUAAGCGGUGCUUCAUUUGAUGUUAUUAAUCCAGCUACUGGUGGUGUCAUCGCUCAAGUUGCCGAUGGUUCAGCAAAAGAUGUUGAUCGAGCAGUAAAAGCUGCUAACAACGCUUUUCGACUUGGUUCCGAAUGGCGUCGUAUGGAUCCUGCAGAUCGUGGUGCUCUUCUUUACAAACUUGCCGAUCUUAUUGAGCGCGAUCGUGCUUAUAUUGCUGCUUUAGAAACAUAUAAUAAUGGCAAACCAUUCAAAGAUGCAUAUAAUAUUGACAUACCGCAUUGCAUUGCUGUUCUUCGAUACUAUGCAGGUUGGCCAGAUAAAAUAAAUGGAAGAGUUUUACCUGUUGGUGGCGAUUUCUUUUCUUAUACACGACGUGAACCUGUUGGUGUUGUCGGUCAAAUUAUUCCAUGGAAUUUUCCAAUGAUUUUACUCUGUUGGAAAAUUGGUCCUGCUGUAGUAACUGGUUGUACAACAGUUGUUAAACUUGAUGAGCAUACACCUUUAACAGGUCUUUAUACAGCAAAAUUAAUUCAAGAAGCCGGUUUUCCUCCAGGUGUCGUCAAUAUUAUUGCCGGUGAUGGACCCAAUUGCGGAGGUUCAAUUGUAAAACAUCCAGAUGUUCAUAAAAUAGCUUUUACUGGUUCAACACAUGUUGGUAAAAUUAUUGGAGCUGAAGCAGCUAAAUUGGUUAAACGUACAACACUUGAACUUGGUGGAAAAUCACCAAAUAUCGUCUUUGCUGAUUGUGAUCUUGACAACGCUGUUGAAAUGUCUCAUUUUGCUCUAUUCUUUAAUCAAGGACAAUGCUGUUGUGCUGGAUCACGCACGUUUGUUGAAGAGAAAAUUUAUGAUGAAUUUGUUCAACGCAGUAUUGAACGUACGAAACGACGAAAAAUUGGAGAUCCAUAUGAUGAAAGUACUGAACAAGGACCUCAAAUCAGCCAAGAACAAAUGGAUAAAAUUUUAGAUUUGAUUGACUCAGGAAAGAAAUCUGGCGCUAAAUUAGUUGCCGGUGGUCGGCGUGAAGGAGACAAAGGUUUCUUUGUUCAACCAACAUUGUUCACUGAUGUAAAAGAUGAUCAUCGAAUUGCUCGUGAAGAAAUUUUUGGACCGGUAAUGCAAAUUUUAAAAUUUAAAUCAAUCGAUGAAGUUAUUGAACGAGCUAAUAGUACAGAAUAUGGUUUGGCUGCCAGUAUUUUCACCAAAGAUUUAGACAAAGCUAUUGUUGUUAGUAAUGGACUUCGAGCAGGUUCAGUUUGGGUUAAUACUUAUGAUAACUUUGACCCUGCUGCACCAUUUGGUGGAUUUAAACAAAGUGGUCUUGGUCGAGAAAAGAGUGAAUUUUCUUUAGAUUCGUACACCGAAACUAAAUGUGUUACAAUCAAAAUUUCGGAACGAAAUUCAUAA